AUGAAGCAGCAUCCGAUCCCAGGUGACGACGUCUUCCGUCAUGCUCCUUCCCCAAGGCCGCUUCAUGCCCAGCUGCCGCUCGGCUGGCACGACAACAGAGUUGACCUCGUCGCCGCCGCGCCGGAAACGCAGGUGCAUCUGGGCGUUUCUGAACCGAGCCAGACGGCUGGCCAAGGGUCUUACUCCGACAUGCAGCCCGAAAUGUAUCCGACUGCCACCCUGGACGGCGCCCGUUUCUUGGAGAUUAUUGUCGACAAGGUGGACGGCCACAACUAUUGGUGCCACAGGCGCUUCGACAACGCUUGCUUCUGCAUUCCGGCCGAUUCUCCUUGGGUACAGUGCGACGUUCUCAUCUCUGGAAAGAUUCGCUCAGGCCAUGUUUGGGAAGACGACACGGGUGCGCAGUACUACCUGGUCGUUUGA